AUGACCGAACCAAUGGCAAGUUCCACAUCCAUUGCCGACAAGUUUCGGGCGCAGGUCUCUCGGAGACACAUCAAUACGGAAGCCAUAAUUGAAGCCCCGUUAGUCCAUCUUAACGAUGGUGAGCUCGAGGAGGAUGUGCGACAAUUCGCCGAGAUAUUGCCUGGUGUUCCUUUCCAACCUAUCCUGAGAGCAGCCCAAGUGUCAAAAGAGAUCCGGGCAUACACUGACGAAGGCCUGCAAGACACUCUACCCAUUGAGUUGGAGCCAGAGGAACUAGCAGCAAUCAGGGCAGAGAGAGACAAAGCAUUCUCUCAAAGUGGCAUGACGGUGAUUGUCGUCACUGUGGCGCUAGCAGCUCUGCUGCAGGGCCAUGUUCAAGCUUCGAUCAAUGCCGGCAGUAUCUACGCGAGACUUCUUCAGGACAAGGUCUCCAGCACAGCAUAUCGGAAUGAUUUAGUGUGGCAGCUUGGUGGAAUGAACUCGGCGCCAUUCCUAGCCGCUGCCAUCUUAGGCGCUCCGAUGUCACUCCCGCUAAAUUACUGGAUGGGGAGACGUGGUGCUAUAGCUGUUGCGGCCGCUUUGAUCUUUGCGAGCUCUUUGGCUUCUGGAUUUGUGCACACAUGGCAGCAGCUUCUCGGUGUUAGGAUUAUCAACGGCCUCGGUAUGGGCAUCAAGGCCGUCAGCACGCCGAUCCUGGCAUCUGAGACUGCGAUUGAUCAAUGGAGAGGCUCUUCUAUUCUAAUGUGGCAACUAUGGGUUGCCUUUGGUAUCAUGUUAGGAAACGCCAUCAACUUAAUCCUUGCUGGAUCUGUGGGGGCUCUGGAUUUUCCACCUGAAGCAAAGGACAGUACUGCCUCUCUUGAAGUCAGAGGUGACUUGGCGCUUCGAUUAAUCUUAGCUGCUCCCAUGGUCCCGGCCAUUUUCACGCUCAUUGCACUGGCAUAUUGCAUGGAGAGCCCGCGAUUCUAUAUGCAGAAGAACACACCAAACUAUCGACCCAUGCGUGCCUAUGAAAUCCUGUCUAAAGUCCGGAACACACAGCUCCAAGCUCUUCGAGAUAUUUACCUUAUCCACAAGAACGUUGAAUACGAAGAGGCACAGGAUCUACCGGAGACGCCUAAUGAUCCAAGCGUAUCUACGGAGAACCAAAAACAGGGCCUAACAUUUGCGAAACACAUGUCGUUCGCCUUGUCGGACGCCUAUCGGCAAUACAGCCACCUCCUGACUACUCCACGAUUGCGGAAUGCAGUCUGGAGCACGUGCAUAGUGGCUCUUGCACAGCAACUUUGUGGAAGUACGAUUCUCUCUCCGGCGCUUAGCGUAUCAUGGUUGGACCUACUGCUGAUUUCUACAGUCAAUGUCUUUGCCUUCUACUCAAACAACUUCUUCAUUAAAGGAGACCCGAGUCCUCGCAAUGCCAUGCUUUACAGCUUGGGAUUUGGUGCCGUGAAUUUCUUGUUCGGCCUUCUCGCAAUCCGAUCGAUUGACGUCUUCGGGAGACGCCGGUGGCUACUCGUCACGCUGCCAUUAAUGUGCAUUCUUCUGGCUGCAGGGGCUCUGGCGUUUCUUCUCCCCAAGGGCCCGAUUCAACUUGGAAUCGUUGCCUUAUUUAUCUUUCUAUUUGCAGCUGUGUACUCACCAGGACUUGGGCCUAUCCCCUUCACACUGGCUUCUGAAAGCUUUCCCCUUUCUCAGCGCGAGGCUGGAUGCUCUGCCGCCAUCUCCGUCAAUCUUUUCUUUGCGGGCAUACUCACGAUCGUGUUUCCAGCUGUCAACGAAGCGCUGAAGCUGUAUGGUACGCUGGCGUUAUUCGCUGGCCUCAAUCUCGUGGCAUUUGCUCUGGUCUUUUUGCUCGUCGAGGAAACCAAGCAGGUAAGCCUUGAAGAGCUGAGUCUCAUCUAUGCGGUGCCAAAGAAGAAUUUCGUACGGUUCCAACUGAGAGAGCAUUUGCCAUACCUGGUCAAGAGAUACCUGACGCGUACUUGGGGUGGCGGUGAUCCGCCCAACUUUUACACAAAGGUUAUUGAUGGUUCUUAUUCUCAGGAGAUGGGGCCAAUGAGGCGGGAUGCAUCGACGGACGAAUGA